CAUUUCUGUGGCCAGAUCAAGUAGUUUCAUUUCUCUCCCUGUUUGUUGGUGACGGAGCAGGGGAGGGAGUGGUUCACACACCACAUAAAAGUGAAGUGGAGGAAAGGGAAGAGACGAUUUCUCCAUCCUGGACGUGCAGCGAGCUUGUCAGGAAGAUUGGAGGUGCCAAGUAGCAGAGAAAGCAUCCCCCAGCUCUGACGGGCAGACAGCACAUGUCUAAGGCCCACAAGUCUUGGCCCCACCGGAGAAGAAAUCAGUUUUCUUCCCAACGCUCCCUGAAAAAAGAAAUGAAUUUCUUCCAGCAACAGCCACCGCCAUUCGGCACAGUGCCACCACAAAUGACGUUUCCCCCAAACUGGCAGGGGGUAGAGAAGGACCCUGCUUUCCUCACCAAGGACUUCAACUUGCUCACUUUGAACAAUCAGCCACUACCAGGAAACACGAGCCAACCAAGGGCAAAGGGGCCCGAGAACAACCUGCACAACCAGUACGAGCAGAAGGUGCGCCCCUACAUUGACCUCAUUGACUCCCUGCGGGCUCUGGGUGUGGAGCAGGACCUGGCCCUGCCAGCCAUCGCCGUCAUUGGGGACCAGAGCUCGGGCAAGAGCUCCGUGCUGGAGGCAUUGUCAGGAGUUGCCCUUCCCAGAGGCAGCGGAAUCGUAACCAGGUGUCCGCUGGUGCUAAAAUUGAAAAAGCAGCCCUACAAGGCAUGGGCCGGAAGGAUCAGCUACCAGAACACCGAGAUAGAGCUGCAGGACCCUGGCCAGGUGGAGAAGGAGAUACACAAAGCCCAGAACGUCAUGGCCGGGAAUGGCCUGGGCAUCAGCCAUGAGCUCAUCAGCCUGGAGAUCACCUCCCCUGAGGUUCCAGACCUGACCAUCAUUGACCUUCCCGGCAUCGCCAGGGUGGCUGUGGGCAACCAGCCCCGGGACAUCGGACUGCAGAUCAAGGCUCUCAUCAAGAGAUACAUCCAGAGGCAGCAGACGAUCAACUUGGUGGUGGUUCCCUGUAACGUGGACAUUGCCACCACGGAGGCACUGAGCAUGGCUCACGAGGUGGACCCGGAAGGGGACAGGACCAUCGGGAUCCUGACCAAACCAGAUCUAAUGGACAGGGGCACCGAGAAAAGCAUCAUUAAUGUGGUACGGAACCUCACAUACCCCCUCAAGAAGGGCUACAUGAUCGUGAAGUGCCGGGGCCAGCAGGAGAUCAUCAACAGACUGAGUUUGGCAGAGGCAACCAAGAAAGAGAUUACAUUCUUUCAAACACAUCCAUGUUUCAGAGUUCUGCUGGAGGAGGGGUCAGCCACGGUUCCCCGACUGGCAGAAAGACUUACCGCUGAACUCAUCACGCACAUCCAAAAAUCACUCCCGUUGUUAGAAGAACAAAUAAGGGAGAGCCACCAGAAGGCGACCGAGGAGCUGCGGCGUUGCGGUGCUGACAUCCCCAGCCAGGAUGCCGACAAGAUGUUCUUUCUGAUUGAGAAAAUCAAGAUGUUUAAUCAGGACAUCGAAAAGUUAAUAGAAGGAGAAGAAGUUGUAAGGGAGAACGAGACCCGUUUAUACAACAAAAUCAGAGAGGAUUUUAAAAACUGGAUAGGCAUACUUGCAACUAAUACCCAAAAAGUUAAAAAUAUUAUCCAUGAAGAAGUUGAAAAAUAUGAAAAGCAGUAUCGAGGCAAGGAACUUCUGGGAUUUGUCAACUACAAGACAUUUGAGACCAUCGUGCAUCAGUACAUCCAGCACCUGGUGGAGCCCGCCCUUAGCAUGCUCCAGAAAGCCGUGGAAAUUAUCCGGCAAGCUUUCGUUAACAUGGCCAAAAAACAUUUUGGUGAAUUCUUCAACCUUAACCAUACUGUUCAGAGCAAGAUUGAAGACAUAAAAGUGAGACACACAGAAAAGGCAGAAAACAUGAUCCAACUUCAGUUCAGAAUGGAGCAGAUUGUUUUUUGUCAAGAUCAGAUUUACAGUGUUGUUGUGAAGAAAGUCCGAGAAGAGAUUUUUAACCCUCUGGGGAAGCCUUCACAGAAUAUGAAGUUGAACUCUCAUUUUCCCAUUAAUGAGUCUUCAGUUUCCUCCUUUAAUGAAAUAGGCGUCCACCUGAACGCCUACUUCUCCGAAACCAGCACACGUCUCGCCAACCAGAUCCCAUUUAUAAUUCAGUAUUUUAUGCUCCGAGAGAAUGGUGACUCCUUGCAGAAAGCCAUGAUGCAGAUACUACAGGAAAAAAAUCGCUAUUCCUGGCUGCUUCAAGAGCAGAGUGAGACCGCCACCAAGAGAAGAAUGCUUAAGGAGAGAAUUUAUCGGCUCACUCAGGCGCGGCACGCGCUCUGUCAAUUCUCCAGCAAAGAGAUCCAUUGAAGGACGGCGAUGCCUGUGGUUGUUUUCUUGUACAUACUCAUUCAUUCUGAGGGGAGAUGGUGCAGGAUGCUGCUUCUGCUUUGGGGGCCACACUCUUCUGUUACUAUCUGUGUCCAUCUCUACUGUGCUCCCUCAGCAUCAGAGCACACAUCAGGGCUCCACACAGGCUCAGCUCUCUCCACCGCCCAGCUCUUCCCUGACCUUCAUGAAGGGGUGGGUCUCUAGUCCUUGAGCCCUGUAGCACACAGUUGCAGUGUCCUAAGCUACUGCUCUCAUUGUUUACUAAUUUGCAUUUGUGUUCCCUUCCCCCUACAAGAUUAUAGACCCCAGGGUGGGAAGGUCCGGGUCAAAUUCUUCUUUUGUAUGUCCAGUCUUUUGCACAGCACCUGCAACAUUGUAACUGCUUAAUAAAUGACAUCUCACUGAACGAAUGAGUGCCGUGGAGUGACAGAGAUACCUGAGGCUAUCGCUGAAGCCCAGGCCUUGGACAUUUAGUGACCGUUAGCUGGUCCCUUUCAGAUCCACUGGCCAUGCCCCCUGCUUCCCAUGGUUCACUGUCAUUGUGUUUCCCGGAUUCUCCACUGCCCCCCAGAAAGAAGCCUGAGUGAUUCUCUUUUCUUCUUGUUUCCCUGAUUAUGAUGAGCUACCAUUGCUCUGUUAAGUCUUGAAGAGGAAUUUAAUAAAGCAAAGAGACUUUUUAAAAA